AUGAAGGUGGAGCUUCUGGAGGCGACCAAUCGGAGGUUGGAGCGUGAGAUUCAGGAGGAGCUGAAGAGAAGGUCCCCCACAGAGAUGAAGGAGCUGGAUGGACUUCUGAGGAGCGCCUCCUUCCUGCAGGAGCAGAUCGGGGACUGUCUCACAGCUCGGGGUCUGUUGAACCUUCAGUUACUCGCCUGCGAACUCGCCAUCUUCGACCUGAACAGCAGGUGCGAGCAGGAGCGUGAGCAGCGUGGCCGAGUGGAGGCGGAUCUCGGUGACCUGCGGUACCUGCACGAGGUGCUGAAGUUCCACAAGCUGCCGGAGCUCCAGGAGGUGCUGAGGGAGCAGAGGCAGGAGCUGCAGGAGCUGCAGGAGCGCCACCUACAGGAUGAGCAGGCUUUGCUGAACCAGGUGUCGGGCGGCGUUGCUGUGGCGAUGCAGACUGCCGAGUCGUCAGAUCUGAUCCAGCAGUUGGACGUGCUGAGACAGAUCAGUGCUGCUGAAUCCUGGACCGAGGUGCCCAUACUGCAGGCUCCAGAUGUGACCUUUGACCUGGCUGCAUCAUCAGAGGUGGCUGAGCUGGAGCAUCUGAGGAGGACUUCAACAAACCUGACAGAAGAUCUGAAACAUUUACAGAGAGAGACUGCCGUGUUGGAGGCUUCAGGUCGACAGCAGACUGAGAACUUCAUGGUGCAGCUGACGGUCCUGCAGGAGACUGCAGACCAUCUCUGUCUGGACCUGGACUCGGUCCUUCAGGCUGCUGCUCAGCAAGCUGCAGACCAUCAGGCCCUGUUGGACGUCAAGAGCCGGCUGGAGGCCGAGAUCCAGGACUACAUGAGGCUGCUUGAUUCACUGAGCCACCAGGGGUGA